AAGAAGGCAAGGACACCCUCAGCAGCAAUGCCAGACUCCCCGGCUGCCGUGAAGACGCAGCCCCGACCCAGCCCACCCAGCAUGCCGCCGCCGCCUCCGGCCUCAGCCCAGGGACCCAUGCGCCACCCUCCCUGCACGCCCCACACACAUGGAGAAGACGGGCCUGUGACGUUUCUGCCCCACGGCCGUUACCAUGGCUGCUUAAAAUGGUCUAUGGUCUGUCUCUUGAUGAGCGGCGGCAGCCACUCGCCGACGGCUGUCAGCGGCGCCCCAUCCACACCCAAUGGCUUCAGCAACGGCCCGGCCAGCUCCUCCACAGCCGCCCUGUCCACGCAGCACCUGCCCCCGGCCUGCGGCGCCCGGCAGCUGAGCAAACUCAAGCGCUUCCUGACCACCCUGCAGCAGUUCGCAGGCGACAUCUCCCCGGAGAUCGGGGAGCGGGUGCGCAGCCUGGUGCUGGCACUAGUAAACUCCACGCUGACCAUCGAGGAGUUCCACUCCAAGCUCCAGGAGGCCACCAACUUCCCUCUGCGCCCCUUCGUCAUCCCUUUCCUGAAGACCAACCUGCCCCUGCUGCAGCGAGAGCUCCUGCACUGCGCCCGCCUGGCCAAACAGACGCCCGCCCAGUACCUGGCCCAGCACGAGCAGCUCCUGCUGGACGCCAAUGCUUCUUCCCCUAUCGACUCCUCCGAGCUUCUGCUGGAAGUCAAUGAGAACGGCAAGAGGAGGACCCCCGACAGGACCAAAGAGAAUGGGUCAGACAAAGACCCACCGCACCCCAGCUCCCUCAGCAAACGGCCGUGCACCCUGAGCCCUGCCCAGCGCUGCAGCCCAAGCAAUGGCCGGAGCCACCAGCUCAACGGGCUACCUCCCCCUACGCCUCCUCCACCCCAGCACUACCGCCUUGAGGACAUGGCCAUGGCCCACCACUUCCGGGACCCCUACCGUCACCCAGAGGCCCGGGAGCUUCGAGAACGGCACCGGCAAGUUGUGCUGCAUGGCUCCCGGCAGGAGGAGAUCAUUGACCACAAGCUGACGGACCGUGAGUGGGCAGAGGAGUGGAAACAUCUCAACAACCUGCUGAACUGCAUCGUGGACAUGGUGGAGAAAACGCGGCGCUCGCUGACCGUGCUGCGCCGCUGCCAGGAGGCCGACCGCGAGGAGCUCACCCACUGGCUGCGGCGCUGCAGCGACGCCGGAGACCUAAAGAAGGCGGCCCCGCCCGCUGUGCGCCCCCUCAGCAGCUCCGCAGAGGGGCCCCCGGCAGACGCCCCCCAGGAAUUCGUGCCCAGGCCGCUGUCUGGCUACAUGCCUGAGGAGAUCUGGAGGAAGGCCGAGGAGGCGGUGAACGAGGUGAAGCGGCAGGCCAUGUCCGAGCUGCAGAAGGCUGUGUCCGACGCGGAGCGCAAGGCUCGCGAGCUCAUCAGCUCGGAGCGGCGCGUCCUCGCCCCCAGCCCCCCACUCGCCGCCUUCAGCGAUCUCAAGGAGGAGACGAAGGAGUGA